AUGCCCGUCGCUCCUCUCCCGCGCGUCCCGCUGAAGCGUACCCACAAUUCGGCCUCUGAAGCCCUUCUGACCCCUUCCUCAGUAGAAGCCUUCCUCUUGGCCUUUGGCGACAACGACUACCCUCUGCCAGAAACGGUGCGUGUCUUGGAUGAGAUUAUAACCGACUACAUUAUCGAAACGUGCCACGAAGCCGCCUCGGUCGCACAUCACGCGCGCCGCGCCAAAAUUAAGCUCGACGACUUCAAAUUCAUGCUGCGGCGCGACACAGGCAAGCUCGGCCGUGUAAGCGAGAUGCUUGAGACGGAUAAGGAGCUCAAGCGCAAACGCAAGGCAUUUGACACGGAUGAGGGCGCUGUGAUGGCGGACAAGGGCGAUGGAGCGAAUGGGGCGGAGGGCGGCACGAAGAUGGGUCGCCCUAAGAAGGUGGCUGAACCGGGGGCCGGAGGCGAGGGUGAUGGGGAGCCUCGCAAAAAGAAAAAGAAGAAGAAGGCUGGGGAUGGAGGUGGUGAUGAUGCGAGUACGACACUCGUCGCCCUUGUCGAGUUCUACACCUCGCCCAUAUCCGCUGAUCGUGGUCUAUGA